AUGAGACCCAAGCCCAAGAAUAUAUUCGACAUCAUAAUACAGAAAGGGCUAGCUACGGUCUAGUGUGAGGAUUGAGUAAUAGAAAGUAGAUCCAGGUUCGUCGCUUUGGUUCGCGUUGAGAAUAACGAUGGAGAGGGUCGUAGCGGAGGAGGUGCGGGUGUUAUAUCAAGACAAACGUAACAUAUGAGAGAAGUCAAGACUUUGAAGACAAACUCAUUAGAAUUGAUGUGGAUUGAAUUCCAACUGAGAAAUCAUAGACUGUACCUUCUAGGAAAAGUGUGCAGACAGACAAGAGCUGCCUUCCAGUGUAUUUAAAAAAAACGUAAGACAAAUUUGAGUUGCAUAUUUUUGGUUCAAUAUAUAUUACAGAUUUGUUUUUUAUACCGUUGAUAUACUAACUGCAGUUUGAAAUACUAUAAGAAUAAGAUCUAUGCUUUUGCUAGAUAUUUAAAGUGUUGUGCUAAUUAAAAACAAAAACAAAAGGUUCAAGGUAACAAUAAUUAUGGCGACACUUGAGCACACCGUUUCGCAAAAUCUAAAGUGUCCGGUUUGUUUUGAUUUGCUUACUUAUCCAAAACAACUGUCAUGUACACAUACGUUUUGUAAAACAUGUAUUCGAGAUAUUCUGGCGUUCUCUUUACUUAAAAAUAUUUUGUCGUGUCCAAUAUGUAGAAAUACUACAACUGUCGCGAAUUGCGAUGUUGCAAACCUUAAAACUAACAUUCCUGUUAAGUCACUUGUUGACGGCUUCAGGAAUAGUAAACAGCUCUGUGACACGUGUGACAAGCAAUCAAGAGCCGCACACUUCUGUUGCGAUUGUGGUAAGAAUAUGUGUAACGCAUGUCUGCAAGAUCAUAACAACUGGAACCCUAAUCUUAAACACAAAGUAGUGAGUGUUGAGGACAUCAGAGAGGGAAGGGUCGUCUUAGAGAAGAAGUUAUAUUGUCGGGAAAAGAUACAUAGAACUGAGAAGUAUGAAUGCACUGAUGUAUGCACGACAUGUAAGAAGCUCAUUUGUACGAGAUGUCGCAUGCUCUACCACACUCCGGAGAAAGGCCAUCGUGUUAAAGAUGCCGGGGAGUACACCGCCUCCAUCAAAGAUAGAGUUGAAAACCUACAGUCACGUGGUGAAACUAAAACUAAAACAGUCAAGAAUCAUAUGACUUGUAUUGAUCAUCAAAUCAAACGCGUCAACUAUCACAUUGAUGGGGAAAAGGCAAAAAACAACAGGAUUUGCGAAGAAGCUAUCAAUAAAAUAACAGAGAGUAAUGCUACCUUGAACAAGCAACUCGAUGAUCAGAAAGAAAAAUUAGUUAGGAGUUUAAAUAAUAUGAAAAUUGAUAAUCAAAGGUUAGUUAAGAGUAUUGAGAGUGCGAGUGAUUUGUUGAGUAAUAGUUUGAAAGGCCAAAUAGAAGGAGAUGCUGCAGCAAUUUGUGAUUCAUUGUCAUUUGAAUUGAAUAAUGUAUUAGAUAGGGAUAAUCCAAAGAAGAUGGUUGCUAUUGAUGUCGGCGAUCAUGCAGAGGAACUGACGUUUACACCAAGCUGCGAUCCUGAUACAUUAUCAAUGGGGGAACUGAGGUUUGUGAAAUGUAAGCCGAAAUGCAAUGCAGCACUCUCAAAGAAGGACGCUAUGAAUGGCAUAGCUGCUUCCAAUAAUGGUAUGGUAGCAGUUGGUUAUAGCGAAGGGGGAAUCUAUAUCUUCUCUCCUAAUUGUCAGCUUCAGGAGGCAGUGAUCAAAGACGUAUGGAUCGUGGACCUAGGAUUCCUCUCUGAUGGUUGUUAUGCUGUACGUGAUAGAUAUAAUAAGAUGUCAUUGUACACAUCAAAUGAAGAGAGACAGGAUGUGACAUUCGAUACUCUAGGUAAGAGUGAAGGUGGAACAGGUGGUCUCGCCGUUGACAGCAAUGAUCUGAUCUAUGUUAGCUACAGGAAAGCUAAGAAGAUCCAGGUAUUCUCACCAUCAGGUGGGAAGGCUAUAAGGGUGAUACCCUGCGAUGGGUAUGAACCAAAGCAAAUCACAAGUUAUGGUGAUUCAUUGAUCGUUAAGCAGGAUGACACUCAGAUAGCACGUAUUAAUAAAAAGGGUGUUAUAAUGUAUCAAUUAUUACGUAAACCUCUGGAAAUACGCCUCUUUGCCGCUGUGAGUAAGGACAAUACAAUCCUGAUUUCCUCUGUAAGAUUCGAGGAAGGUCUGCUCAAUAUCGAUGAGUAUACCGGUGAGCUCAAACACAUUAGGAGUCUUAUAUCUGAUUACAAGAUUGAGAAACCUGAGAGACAUUGGUAUUACCUUCAACAGUUUCAAUCAGGAGAGAUAGCUUUCUGUACACCUGAUAGGCUCUAUGUAUUCAACCUAGUUACUAGUAAAGUUACCUCGUAAGAAUAUUAUGUUUCGGCCUUCAAGAGCCUAUUAAUGUCCUACUUUACAAAUUCUUAAAUUCACCAGUUUCAAUGCUAAUCUUGGUAUUUAUGUUUCAUUAAUGUCAAGAAAGUUAAUUCAUUCCAUUCGAUAAAAAAUAAUGUAAACAAUAGGAUAGUAAAAGGCAAAAGUACAUAAUAUACAAUUGUUAUUACAUACAGAGGAGACUAAUUGAAAUAUGAGACUCUGCAAAGGUUGAAAAAGAAUUAAACUUCAGUUGAAGAAGAAUCAAGGUACUGUUAGAUUAUUCGUGUUUCUGAUUUCGAAAAGGAAAAGGGAAACGAGGAGGCGCGCUCAAUUUUCUGUUUCGUGAAGGUGAAGCAGAAAAAGGGAAAAGAGAUUUCAAUUCAAUGUUAUGUUCCGUGAACGCGAAACAAAUAGAGGAAACGAAACUUUCAAUUCAAUUUUGUGUUUUCAAAAGGAAAAAAUAAAAAUUAUAAUAUGUAAAAAAAAAGUCAAACGGAAGAAUUAACCGUUUUUCUGUUUUCUCGUUUUAACAUCUUUCAUUUUUGAAUCAAAAUAUUGAAAAAUGGCCGUUUUCUGUUUUAAAUCUCGAAAAUAGAAUCAAUUUUGGAUAACUAUUUCGAUUUUUCUUUUCCGUUUCGAAACCAGAAAAAAACGAAAUGUCUAACGGUACCUUGAUUAGGAAGCUCUGUCCAAAGCUGCACCCCAACUGUAUCUUGUUUAACAUAGUUUCAUGCAUGUGUACGUAGAUUUCACUACUUCUAUCUUUACCAUUCUUAAAAGAUCUUUACCAUUCUUAAAAGAAUACAGUUUAAGGGCUUUCCUUGAAACUCCAUUUAAGUAGAAAUUAAUUUACCAAAGUGACUGUUUGAUGUUGCCUUUUCUUUCCAUUAAAAUAUCAUUUUGCAUACCCUUAUUUAGAAAAAAAAAUGUUCAAGCAUAAAUACAUAUGACACCAAGCAAAAUUGAAAGGUGAAAUAAAGCAGAUUACAUUGACUAUUCAGAAAUGAUUAAAACCUAUAUUUCAUAUCCAAUGUUUACUUUCUAAAUGAAGAAUAUUCUAUGACAUAAACGACUGAUGUUGACAACGUGACCAGUAAUGAGUCUGGUCACCCAUAGUAGGCCUACGGAAAAAGAAAUGUUUGUUGAGAAUGGGAAUCAAUAAAUACAAGACCUAAUAGUUAUAUGUAAUUGUAAAUGUAUGUGUGUGCGUAUCUUGGGGGUGGGCCAGGAAUCUUCAGAGAAAUAAAAUGAGGAAAAUUUUAAG